GUAGAGAUUUGAUGGACUCCCAGUGUAUGCCAACCCACCGUUGGUGAUGAAGUAUUAUCGGAGAAAUAUUAUGUAUCGUGUAUAUGUUUAUGCCUAAUCCUUUAAUGUAAAUAUUGCAUACGCAAUAAAGUUUGCUAAAAAAAUGGUGAUUAGAUGUGAAUUAAGUAAAAUAUUAAGUCUUACAAUAAAGUGAAAAUUAGUGUUUAUUAUGUACUUGUAACAUAACGAGUGUGUCAGUGUGAGAUCUUAAUCUAUAGAAGAUUCUGUGUGCCUUUCCCUUCUGGAUAUUAUAUAUUCGGCGCCAAAAUAGUGAUGCUGCAGUGAAGUAAUAAGCAAUGCAAUUGAAAGUUAAAAUGAUGUGGCAAAUUGAUUAAUAAAUGUUGGGGUAAAGCUUGGUGAACAUUGAUGUUUGAAAAUUAAGGAAUGGGUGCUGGGUUGGGAAGAACUGGCACGAGCGGCGGUAGCCUGCUGGAGGCUUUUCCUACGGGAACAUUAUUUCAUGUGGCUAUGUUGGGCUUGGAUAGUGCAGGCAAAACGACGGCACUGUACCGUCUCAAAUUCGAUCAGUACCUAAAUACUGUUCCUACCAUUGGCUUCAAUUGCGAAAGGAUCCGUGGUAGUAUUGGUAAAGCUAAAGGAGUUGGUUUCUUGGUGUGGGACGUUGGCGGUCAAGAAAAAUUACGUCCCCUUUGGAAAUCAUACACAAGAUGUACGGAUGGUAUCAUUUUCGUAGUAGACUCUUGCGACGUUGAAAGACUGGAAGAAGCUAAAAUGGAACUUACCCGAACAGCGAGAAGUCCUGACAAUGCGGGUGUUCCAAUUUUAAUUCUAGCUAAUAAACAAGACUUACCUGGCGCCAAGGAAGUCAACGAGUUAGAAAAGCACCUUGGAGUUCUGGAGUUGACAGGAACUCCAGGAAGUUCGUUCAUAAAAGUUCAGUCAGCAUGUGCAAUUACAGGAGAGGGUCUUCAUGAAGGACUUGAUACUCUCUAUCAGUUAAUAUUGAAGCGACGCAAGCUUGCCAAGUUGAAUCGAAAACGAGCCAGGUAGGGCCGGAGUUCAGAGGACUGCACUUGCGUCUUCUGAUAUUGCUGCCAAAAUGUCUCGUCUCUAACGAAGAACACCACAUCUUUCACCUUAUCUUCCAGCUCAGAUGAAGAUAGUACAUAAAAUCAUAAAAAUUUCUUGUCUGACGUCCAAGGUCGCAUUUCUGCUGAGAAUUUUACACCACCUAUGAAUGGUUUUCAUUUAUUAAUAAAUUUACAGUUAAAAAUAAAACUUUAAGGCAAUAAAUUUUUGUGCCAGUGUUGAACAGCAUUCUUAGAUUUUUUAAGAUCUAUUUCUCAUUAUUAAACAAAAUGAGCCUAAGUGGUGUGAACUUAAUUUGAAUGGUCAGAAUAUUUUUCUUCGAACUUUACGACAGAUGACAAAAUCUUCAGAAAUUUUAUAUCUGGUCCCAAUGCUCAAAAAUAAUAUAUAUAUCGUCGAGUUAGAUGUAAUUUUAGCCUUACAGAUUAAUGGAGGCGAUGAUGAUUCCAAACACUCACAGCUGCUUGAUACAGUUAAGAGAAACGAUAAAUUAGGGGAGGGGGGUUAUAAAUAAGUGAGUAAUUAGAAACAUUUAUAAUAGGGCCUAUAUAUAGAAAAUUUAAAUACAGUCAUUAAACUUUGUAAUUGCUUGUAAAUUGCUUACAUAUUGAUAUAAAAUACUUUAUAAUACUUCUUGUUACAUUGUUUAUAAAUGUUGAAAUUUUUAAAAAUUAUUUGCUUUUUUCAAAAAAAAAAAAUCUUUAUCUACUUGUGCCUCUCCACUUUUAUUCUAUUGCAUAUGAAGAGAUGCAAAAAAAACUUGCCCCUAAAAGACUUCUUUUCAAAAAUAAUGCAACAUCUCUCUUAAUAUGUACAUAAUGUUUUCUUUUGAGAAAUACGACUAUUCUAGACCAAAUUUUGUAUGCCUGUGAAAUUUUUUAAAACAUAAAUGCUUUAUACUAUCUUUUUGAACAAAUGAAAAUUUUUGUCAGAGCACUGACUAAAUUCUUUUGGAAAAAUUACAAAAAUUUCUGUAGGAAAAAGUGGAACAUCAUUGAAUCAGUGUUUUCAUUGAACCAGUUCUAUUUCUUGAGAAAAGACUGAAUAAAAAUUUCUCUUAAUUCUGUAUAUAAAUUAGGUUUGCAUAAAUACACUAUGUGCAUUAGUUUCAGACAUAUGUAGAUUUAUUAUUACCAAAGAAAACCUAAAAAAAAUGUAUUUGACUUACUUGAGAAAAAUACUAGUCAAAUUAUAAAGACAUUUCUUUAUUAAUAAAAUAGGGGGUUUGAAAAGUAUGUUAACUUUGCGAUUUGUUUUGCUUCGAGUGUUAACUAUUAAUAUUCCGAUAACACAAAAGCUUUCAUGUAUUGGAUACAAUUUUGUAAAAAUAUUUUCUUGUUGUGAAUGUCAUAUGUAUUCAGUGAACCAUCAGAUAACAUUGAAAAACAAAAAAUGACAAUGUUUCUUAAAUUUAAAGAGUGGUAGUGCCACGAAAUGACAACGUUUUCUUUAAUUUUAAGAGUGCUAGUCCUGAUUUGCAAUGUUGUAUGCUCUAUUGACCAAUGAAAAUUAAGUUAAAAAUCAUAUACUGUUCGAAGCCAUAUUUGUUCUGAGGUUAAAGAGUCUCAAUGAUAUGGUUGUCUAAAUGACAAAAUUAAAAUAACACGACUAUAUUACUUGACAUCAAAAUAUUAUAAGUUAUCAUCGUACAGUCGCCCCAUUACAUUUUAGAAAAAAAUUGUUAUUCAAAGUUAACAAAUUAUUUUCAUAUUCUGGGAAAAUAUACCUUUCGUGGUCCCCUAUACUUAUAAGUGCCGAAGCGGAUGACCAAUAAUAUAAAAUACUUUGAGGAUCAUGUCUAGACAGUUUUUGGGGUCGCUGAUUUCGUUACUUGGGGUUUUUUAGACGACAAAUUCUUCAACAUUUAUUUGCUUUAUAUAAAUUUUGGUAGCUGUAGAUUUUGUGGUGUCCCUAAUUGCAAAUUUUUAUGUAUAUAUAUUUAUUUAUGCAUUUUAUAAUAUAUAUUUAUAUAUUAAUAAGUUUCGAAUUUUGAAAAUCUGACUUCAUAUUCGUAAUCAACGACCCUGAAACCCCCCGA